AUGGCAGGUGCGACGCCGGACGGCGGUCUGCACCGGCUAUCGUGCUCAGACCCUGACAAGGUCGUCCGAGAUUGGUUCGCAAAGGAGGUGCGGGCCAUCGACCCGAACGUGAAAUAUUUCGUGGACAAGAUGGGCUCCCAAUGGGCUAUCUUCCCUGGAGAGAAUAACGACAUCCCGCCCAUUGCGGUAGGUAGCCACCUUGACAGCGUUCAGACAGGUGGUAGAUACGACGGGCCUCUUGGAGUCUGGACCAACGAAGAAGGCGCUCGCUUUCCUCCAGCUUGCAUGGCUUCCUCCGUUUGGGCCGGGCAACUGUCCCUGGAGGACGCCCACAGAUGCACAGACACAGUUAAUCGGUCAAUAACAAUCGGGGACGAGCUCAAACGUAUCGGCUACGCGGGUGAAGUGGAAGCAUCCCACCGGACCAACCCCCUUAGCGCGCAUUUCGAGAUCCAUAUCGAACAGGGGUCGAGGCUGGAGAAAGCAGGCAAAGAGGUGGGAAUCGUCGAUAGUAGCCAGGGCAUGGUGUGGUACAAUGUCUCUCUGAGGGGGUUUACACGGCAUACCGACACGACGUUCAUGGAAGAUCGAAGGGACGCGCUGGCCGGUGCCGCCAAAUGUGUCGUCGAGAUUCAGCGUGUGGGCCGGGAGUCCAAGACGGGUAUGGCCACCGUGUCGCUGUUCAAAUCCUCGCCUCAGAACUUCUGCAACAUACCCGACAAAGUCGACUUUAGCUUCAGCGCACAGCACACUAACCUGGCGGUGUUGAGGAAGAUGGAAGAGGGUAUACUUGCGUUCAUCAGGAACACAGCUCAGGAGGAUAAAUUGGAGGUCGUUACGCUCGAGAAGAUCUGGGAUCUCGAGCCUAAUCGGUUCGACGAGACCGCGGUACAAUGUCUAGAGGACGCUGCGAAAGAAAUGGGCUUCAACUAUACUAGGAUCGGGAACAUGACAGGUCACGACUCGUCGUACACACGCCUGGUAUGCCCGACUGCCAUGGUGUUCACUCCCUGUAAAGAUGGCAUCAGCCAUAAUCCAGCCGAAUACGCCAGCCCGGAGGAGUGCAGUACCGGCGCCCAGGUGAUCCUGGGAGGCGUGCUAAAUUUCGAUGCUCUAUUGAGGAAGAAGCUCUCUGCGUGA